GAGAAGCUGCUUAUAAACAUUUCAACAUGAAAAAAAAACCCUAAAAAUUCUCCCCCCACAAUGUUAAGUGUCUUUCUUCGGGGAAAAACCAAGUGAAUGACCUCUGACCCCCGAUCCUUAAACGUAUGCGCGCCUUCCGGGGCGCGACGUCCACAGACGGUGAGGACGCGUCACCGCGCUGCCCCCUAGCGGCCUCCGUCGGUAGCACGCGGCACCUCGUCGUUACGCGCACUCUGUCACAUUAAACGUCCCAGCAGAGCCUCGGGGACCUUAUAAUAAAAGCUAAAUGAUGGGUACGCGCACGCUGCGUCCUUCUGCACCACCUGUCCCCCGGUGGACAUGUCCCUGGAGCCAGACAGACCUGGGAGCAGCUGCUCGGAGACCUUCACCCCGCGCUCAUUCCGCGUCUUCCUGCUUCGGCUGGAGGCUCCGCGUCCUCCUCCAGCGGCCACAGGGACUCUCGGGUUCUCCAGAGGCUGCCAGAUGGGAGAAACGACGCAGCAGAAGAACCCCGCCGAGGUCGUCGCGCGGAUCCUGAAAGACGCGCCGGGGGCCAGGAAUGAUCUGCUCGACAACCACGGCAACUUCCUCCGCGUCGCGGAUUACUGCGAGAACAACUUUCUCCAGGCGGAGGAUUCCACCAAAGCCGUCGAGGAGGCCAAGGGCUUGGCCGCCCAGGCUCUGGCCAGCGUGUCGUACCAGAUCAACGGCCUGGCCUCCACCGUGCUGAGGCUGCUGGACUCCCAGGCCGUGCAGAUCCGAGCGAUGGAGUCCUCCGUCAACCUGCUGACCCUGGCUUCUGCGAUCCACUGCGAGACGGUCGCCAGGAGGGCAAUCGGGGCUUCCACCACUCCCAAGAACAAGAGCUGCUCCAAGAUGAUGACCCCACCGGCCGCAGGCAGGGAGGCGGAGAGUCGCUACGCCAGGGAGCCAAUAUCCUACUCCACCCUGGACUCCACUGGCCACUGUUUUGGGCAACAGGUCCUCGAGGAGCAGGGCAGAAGAGCCGACACUGCUGAGAGCGCUCGGCCUGCUGCAGAGUUCCCCGUGUCCAGUCUCGGCAUCGCGGUGCCUCCACCAUCAGUCCCCACCCUGCGGACCGCCUCCAACCCCAUCGACGGCAGCCCGCCGCCGCCGCCGCCUCCUCCGCCUCCGGCCGAUUUGGACCCGAGUAUGCCCGCUCCCCCUCCACCACCACCUCCCCCCUCCGACGCGGACAACGGCCUCCCACCGCCUCUGGCCUUCUUGACGUCACCCACGGCUCUCCCGCCGCCUCCCCCUCCCCCGCCAAUGUGUCUGUCAAAUGGCUCCUACCCGCCUCCACCUCCACCACCACCACCGCCCCUUCACACGGGCACCUCCGGUACGGUGCCACCACCCCCUCCGCCUCCCCCUCCGCCUCCCCCCCUGAGACGCUAAUGGCCAUCGUGUUAAUUGUUCUCAGUCGCCGGCUUGCUGCCGAUGUGUAAAACGUUCACAGCUGCAUGGAAAUACUUGCGGGCCGGAGGUCGGCGUCGAGCAUAAAUAAAAAGCUUGGAAAAGUG